AUGUCUCCCUAUCAUUUGGUUUACGGUAAAGCAUGCUAUCUCCUUAUUGAGCUAGAACACAAAGUUUAUUGGGCUUUCAAACACUUUAAUUUUUCUACUAACAAUUCUGGUGUUUUAAGGAAAUUGGAGCUGAAUAAAUUAGAAGAGUUGAGACGCAAUGCCUACGUUAAUGCCAAACUUUACAAAGAGAAAACUAAGGCCUUCCAUGAUAAGCACAUCCUGAGAAAGAGUUUUCUCCCCAAUCAAAAGGUUCUCCUAUACAACUCUAGGCUCCAUGUGUUUGCCAGUAAACUACGAUCCAAAUGGAGUGGUCUGUAUAUUGUUCAGACAGCAUUUCCUCAUGGGGCCGUUGAAAUCCUCAAUCCACACAAUGGUAAUAUCUUUAUGGUUAAUGGACAGUGGCUCAAACCUUUCCUUGACAAUUUUUCACCAGAGGAUACCACUAUCCAUUUAUUGGACCUUGACCCUCUAGCCGAGCCCUGA